UGCCCUGCGCCCAGCUCCGCCCGCCGCCGGCCCGGGUCUGACGCAGCCGGAGAACCAUGAGCGCCAACCCCCAGUGGGACAUCAGCAGGGCGCUGGGGGUGGCCAGGCUCUUCCACCUGGUCUGCGGGGUCCGGGAUGCCUGCGUGGCCCCGUUCCUGACCCUCUACCUGAGGCAGCUGGGCUUGACCGCGCCCUGGGUGGGCAUCCUGAUGGGAACCAAGCACCUGAUCGCAGCCUUCUGGGCUCCCUUCUGUGCCUUCCUGGCCCAGAGCUACCAGAAAAGGAGGGUGCUUCUGGUGGGCUCGCUGCUUGGAUCGGUGGGAGCCAGCCUCUUGAUGGUCCUGGUGCCGCCGUUGGACAAAGACCUGGCGUACCUCUCCUGUAAUGAAAGCGACUUCGUGACCACCACGAUCCUACCAUCAGGGGGCGCACUAACUGGGAACGUCACCUUAGCCCAAGAGCCAGCCUCAAAACACCCAGCCUCAGAGCCCGGUCUCCCAGCAAACAGCACUGUGACGGUGGAAGCCUCUGGCUUCAGAAAGGGACCCGCUGGCCAGAGAGACCAAGAACCUUUCAGUCACCCGCCUGGCUAUUUUGUGGUCCCUGCUGAAGGAGCCAGGAACAGGCCCCAAGUUCUCCAUCCUAUCACUUCAGGAGUGAAAGGGACUCCCUGGCAAGAUGCUUUGAAGCAGGUCAGUACUGCCCUCCCUUUGCCUACUGAGGAUACAGCGCUGGAAAGUCCAGCCAACUUGUCCAUGGCCAAGGGGGACGCCCAGGCCCUGGACCUCUCCAUGGAAGGGUUGCAGUGGACUUUCACCCUCUCCUUGGGCUCCAUGGUGUUCUGGGAGCUGCUGACAGCCCCUGUGGAGCAGGUGGCGGACGACAGCCUUUAUGACUAUCUGGAUUUUGUGGACGCCACGGACCGUUACCGAAGCCUGUGGGCCUGGAGGCUGCUGGGCAUGUCGGCAGGCGUGUGUGGCAUCGCCGCAGUGGCGGGGCAGCUGGAUUGCUUCCUGACAAACAGCCCUCAGGGUGUGGUGCACUUCUAUGGCUACUCACUGGUCAGCGCUCUGGCCUUCCUGGUGAGCAUUGCCUUCCCCAUCCCCAUUUGCAGGCGGCGGGAACCCACCUACAAAACUGUCAAAGCGCUGUCUCUCAUAGGGGGCGACCCCCACCUCAGCCUCCUAGCCUUCACUGUCUUCCUGAUAGGCGCUGCCACCAGCACGGUGCAGAACUUUCUGUUCUGGCACAUGAAGGACCAUGGGAGCAGCGAGCUGGUCAUGGGUUUCUCGGUCGCCCUGGGCUUGCUGGGGGAGGUUCUGCUUCAUCCGCUGAAAGCGCCACUGCUCAGGAAACUGUCUAGGGUGGGCACGGUGGGGCUGGGACUGGGCUGCCUGGCAGGGCAGCUGCUGUACUACUCUUUCCUCUGGAGCUGGUGGUCUGUCCUCCCUGUUCAGAUCUUGAGUGCCAUCAGCAGUGGGGUUCUGUGGUGGGCAGUGGGGGCCUUGAUAGCGGAUCUGGCCACCCCGGGAACCGAGAGGCCUCUGAGUGCCUUGUUCCGAAGCCACUUUUUGGGGGGUGGGUCCAGCCUGGGCAGCUUUGUCGGGGGCUUCGUGGUGAUGCGCUUUGGCCUGGCUGUGCUCUACCAGGCCUGCUGCGUGUCCCUGAUGCUCUGGCUGGCUUUGCUCCUCGCCAUCCAGCCCAGGCUGCCCCAGGAGCGGAAGAUCAACUACUCGAAGCUGCUGGCCGUGGAGGCGAGUGACACGAGUGACUCUGAGCAGGGGACCGAACGGGACUGGCUUGUGAAGGCCAUGAGGGAGGAGCACUCUGACUGGAAGGGCUGAAAGUCAAGAGGUACUGCUCUGCGAAGGAGCCAAAGAACUGGAUUAAACUCAACUCGCUGAAGACAGAAUCCAUGCGUCCUCCCGGGGCUGCAGGGCGCCUUGGGAGAGAGAAAGCACGUCUAUGUCAAAGCCCCACAGGAUCAUCUCACUGCAAGAUCUUCUUACGUUUACAGUAAAUGGAGAUUUAACUUUUUGCUGUUGCUUUUUUUUUUUUAAUAAUGGAGGAAGAAUACAUUUGCUAAAAAAAAAUGAGAAAGAAAGCGUUCUCUUGGUA